UUCUGAGCGCGGGCCGAUUGAAAAUUAUUCUUUCAUAUUCAAACCUAUUUCUUGGUCGGAUCGUAAACGAAAUGGGCACAAAUGUGCUGGACGUUUGCAAAAGAGACUCCGGAAAAAUUUGGUACCGGAAACCAUCCCCUUCAAGUUCUAAUAAUGGACUAGUUGUCAGCAUUGUUAAUACAGUAUCCAGCAGUCUCUCCCUUCAUCCUCGGAACGUGCGUUUCCUCCACUCAACCUUUGAUGUCAAAGGAGACAGCUUUGUCGCUGGAGACCACCAAGGCAGCAUCUAUGUGUUUGACUUGAAUAAAAACAGAUUUUCCCUCGUGCAGAGAACAGGGACACCAUGUACAGCCCUUGCAUUCACCUUGAGAAGGAGGACUGAGUUCCUGGUGGGAAUGUCAGAUUACUCCCUAAAAUGUUAUGAUACAGAAUCUAAGGAGUUGAUUGCGUGGAUGAAAGGCCAUGAUUCAGCUAUUCAUACGAUAUCCGUCCAUACCUCUGGACGGUACGCCCUGACCGCUUCGAGUGAGACCGCACAGCUUUGGGAUCUCGAUACAUUCCAAAGGAAACGCAAACUCAACAUCAAAGAAAAUGUUGGAAUUGUCAAGGUUUUCUUCAUUCCUCUGAGUAACACCAUCGUCACCUGUUUCAAAGAUGAUUCAAUCUUCGCCUGGGAGUCCGACACACUCAACUGUAAAUUCCAGCUGCCAGUGCCGCAGGGGAAAACACCACAUUACAAGACGUUUGCCUGUACAAGAGAUGGAAGUAUGCUCGCUGCCGGUGGAAAAUCAAACUUCUUACAUAUCUGGUCGUUGGAGUCGCAUCAGCUGGUCAGGAUUAUACAGAUGCCUUCGAAGGUUAAGGUCGUCAGGCAGCUGGACUUUCUGUCAGAGAUCGUCGAAGGUGGAGCAGGACAGAUUCUGGCUGUUUUAAGUCAGGACGGCAUUGCAAGAUUCAUCAAUACAGAUAGCUGUAAACUAUUGUUCGACAUUGGCAGUAUUGAAGACGGCAUCAUGAACAUCUCUAUCAGUCCAAGCGGGCACCAUGUUGUUGCCAUCACGGACAGCGGCAGGUUGGAUAUAUACAGCGCUCAGUAUCUCAGUGAGGAAAUAAACAAGCCUCCGCCAGCACUUCUGAAGGUUGUUGGGGAGAAGAUGAAUGAUACUGGUACGACCCAGUCCAGCAUGCUAAGUAAAUCAUCAAACCAGUCAUACAGGAGGAUCAAGCAUCCAGCCAGGAAGGGAAACACCUCUCACAAUCAGAGUGAUCUCCCCAAUGGUUUAGACAAAGACAAGAUGCAUGCCAUACUCAAGGGUUACGGCGAGUAUCCUGCCAAGUACAGGUUGUUCAUUUGGCGUUCGUUGCUGCGCCUCCCCGAGAAUCACGCCGCUUAUGCUGCCUUGGUUGAGAAGGGGACACACUCUGCCUAUAUGAAUAUCCACGAGACAUAUCCUCUGAAGAGUCGGAAGCUCACCAGAGUAUUACAAAGGACCCUGUCAGCAUUGGGCCACUGGUCACCCAUAUUUGGAGAGACGGAAUAUUUGCCGCUCUUUACUUUCCCGAUCGUCAAGCUCCUACAGAAUAACCAGCUGGUGUGCUUUGAGAUCGUUGCCACAUUACUAGUGAACUGGUGCCAGCAUUGGUUUGAAUACUUCCCCAACCCUCCGAUCAAUGUACUGAGUAUGGUAGAGAAUGUCCUGGCACACCAUGACAAGGAACUCCUACAACAUCUUGUCAAAUACAACGUCACUUCUCAAAUCUACGCCUGGCCUCUAAUGGAGACCUUGUUCUCGGAAGUCCUGACAAAGGAAGAAUGGCUCCAACUCUGUGACAACUUGAUCAGUAACCCCCCUGCUUUCAUGAUUGCUCUGGUCGUUGCCUAUUGUACCAGCUCGAGAGGCCCACUACUCCACUCAACAGAACUGGAUGAUUUCAAGUACUACUUCCACCACCGCAACGCCAUCAAUAUCAGUCAGGUGAUCAAGGAGGCGUAUAGGAUCGAUGACACGACGCCCCCUGGUAUCCACCCCAAGAGGAUGAUGGAAGAGUUUGUACCUCUCACCCGGGGCACGUAUCCAGUCUUCAACAAGUAUCCAAAGUUUAUUGUGGAUUACCAGGUGCAAGAACGCGACAGACUCCGAAAGGAAGAGACGGAGUAUAUAAAACAGAGACAGCUGACACUGGAACUGAAUCAGGAAUCAGAGAAGCAUCGCAAUGCUGAGGAGGCGUGGUACCGGCAGCAACAGCUCUUACUGGAUGCUGAGGAGAAAAGGAGGUGCAUGAUUCAGGAUGAGGAACAGAAACUCGUGGACCAGCGAUCAAGGGUGCAGGCCAUGAAUCGGGAAGUGAAAGUAAAGGAAUUACAGUUACUCGAUGCUGCUCGGAGAAAGUUCAUCAACCACCAGCAGAGACAGAAAGAGGUGGAUUUGAAGAGGCUCGAUGAUGAACUCGAAAGGAAGACAUUAAUGAGAGAACAGGAGACACAGCAGGCCAUUGAAGAACAGGAGGUGAAAAAUAUGGAGCUUCAUCUCCAGCGGAAGAUGUUUGAGCAAGAGCUGGCACGUGGGGCAACCCAGGGUGGCCUGCCCGAGAAGAUCAACUACGCUGCUAGGAUGAGGCAACAUGACUUGGAGGAUGACAUCUUGGAAAAACUUGACAACAGCAGCGAUGCUUUUCAGAAUAGAAUGAGAAAGUUGCUCCAGUCAGAAAUGGCAAGAACUGAACAGGCUCAGAUUGAUACGGAUGUGUUUAACUUGAUGGAAACGAGACACAGGAUGCAGGAGUUGGACCGAGAGAGAGAUAUGUUCAAGAUUGCGCGGCUCCAGAAAGAGAACACAGAUGUAGAGCAGGAUGUUGCUGGUCUUGUGAGGCACCUCGAUGACAGCAAGAGACAGACAGUGGACACUGGUCGUGAUGACUACUUGGAGCAGAUCCAUGCCGCGUCAUUAGCAGCAGACCGGCGUACACAGCUUGCAGGGUCAGCUAGAGGCGGCUAUUUGAAGGACAUACAAAACAUGGAGAAUAUGUUCCCAGAGACGGACAACACUGAAUCACUGGCAUCAACCAUUUCGCUUGACAGAGGCCGAGAAGAACUGGACAAGGAAGAGAUAGUCCUGAUGGCGGAGGUGAGGCGGAUACGUGAGAAACUAGCCCGCGAGAGUCGCAACAGGAUACAACCAAAUGAGAACUAUUUGUGAAGACCACAAGAACUGUGUGAAGCUCAUUUGAUACCAGCUUACGUUUUGGGCCAAAACUAACUUUUGUGAAAGACUGUUAGAGCUUUCGAUGGGAAUAGUGUGUCAGGAGUGUGUGGUUGUAUUUUUCCAUAGAGAGGCAAAUAUUUUGAACAACGGCUUCCGGAGAAACUUGGACGCAGCCUAUGAAAAGAGAUGUUAUUAGUGAGAGUUUGCAUUUGAAGGAAGGUUUAUAAAUUUUAAAUGGAGUGUUUGUAGAAUGUUUUAUGUAUAGUCACGAGUCUGCAAUCAGAAGUAGGACUGUUUUUACAAAGAGAGGAGUUUGCAUUCCAUAUCACUGAGAACCUGAUCCCUGCUGGACAGUGUAGAUUUAUAUUUUUUAUCAAUUAGAAACAUGACAGGUGAAAUUGAAGUGGGCGAGUUUGAUUCAAGUAGAGCUUGUAAAAUGUCCUGCUCAUGGUCAGAAACAGUGAACAAAUUCUCAAUUAAAAACAACUGUU